ACACCUUCGUUUCUAGUAAAGAUGCGCAUGCGUUGUGUCAUUUAUAUAGGGUGUAAUUGUUAAUUGAUAUUUACAUUGAGUGUACAAAUAUUAAGUGUUUUAUUCUGUUAGUUUAAACUAUUAAACUUAUUAAAUUUGAUUGUUAUCGCCAAUGUAAAAUUUUUAAACUUCUUUAUUUUGGAAACAAUUUAAAGGCCAAAACGGAAUUUUUAUAAACGCCAUCUUGACGUUCUAUUCACCUUUAUAUCAUUGAUAAUUUUUUGAUUGAAAAAAAGGAAUUUAAUAAUUAUGUCUAACCCAUUUUACGAAGUACCAAUGUUACGGAUAUGAGAUUGAGAAGAAAGAACAGACUAAGAAGAAAGUGUACUAAUAAAGUUCCUUUCGACGAUAAAAAACCGAUAUUAAGUAGUAAUCCUAAAAAACGAAAAGUGAAUAUUACUAAGAAAAGAGGAAAAUAUACACUUGAUAACAAUAAUCUCAAAGAGACUGCUUUUAGUAAUAAACUCUUACGAAUAAAUUUACUAAAAGAAGAUCUGAAAAGUUUAAAAAGAAAAUUUAAACAUUCCAAUAAAAAUAAUAAUUUAAAAAUCUGGAAAGUGAAUAAAAACAAUAAACAGAUUAAGUCACAUAAUAAAGUGCAUACAAAAGCGAAGCUUAAAGUGAACUUCUUUCCAAAGACUCCUAAAAUUAAAUCCAACAAAAUGGUUGUGAGUAAUGGUAAAGAAAAAAGAGUGAAAAGCUCUAGAAUGUUUUAUUUAAAGUUUACAAAUUAUAAAACUGCAGCAGAAGGUAAAUUGAAUUAUAAAUUCCAUCAGCUAAUCAAUGAUGUUAAAAAUAUGCACUUGCCUACUCCUACGUGGAAAAUCAAAGUAAUAAUAAGGCAUAAUAAAAUAGCUGCUAUAAUUUUUACAAAUAAAAGUGAGAUAGAGAGAAGUGUUAGUUUUAACUCUGAUGAAGAUAAAUAUCGCAUAGUUAUUGAUAAUAGACCUGCAAUUCUUAUUGGAUCACCAGGAAAAGUUAAUAAUAGUCAUGAUAUUGAAGUUUUGCUAAGUCUUCUGGAAACAAUUGAAAAAGACAAUCCAAUGAUAAUAUAUAAGAAAUUUGAAUGUUGUUUGAACUCUAAAUCAUACUGUUAUUUGGCGAAAUCCUUAUUAGAAGGGCAAAAAGGAAAUAUUGCUCCAUUAAAUGAAAUAAAAAGGUUCAUCAUAGAAUGUUUACUCAAAUUGGAAGUGAAUGAAGAUAAAGCAUCUAUUUUUGCGGAUAGUUUGAUAGCAGCCGAUUAUAGAGGAAUCUAUAGCCAUGGGCUAAACAGAUUGGAAAAUUACAUCAAAGAUAUAAGAGAAAAAAUAUGUGAUGCAAAUGCUGAUCCCGAAAUUACUAUGGAGUAUGCUUCUACAGCAGCUGUUUUCGGUAAAAAUGGUUUGGGUGCUAUAGUAGGAAUAUUCUGUAUGGAUCUAGCAAUGAAAAAAGCGGCAGAAACUGGCAUUGGAUUAGUAGUAGCUAAUGGUUCCAAUCAUUUUGGCAUAAAUAUGUUUUAUACUGAAUAUGCAACAGAGAAAGGGUUCAUUGGUUUAGCAUUUUCGAACACAUCUCCAGUUAUGGUUCCAACAGGUGCAAAAAAUGUUUGUCUGGGAACAAAUCCAUUAUCUUUGGCCGCUCCUGGAGAAUCUAAUGAUCAGUUAGUGAUAGAUAUGGCAACUACUGCUGUUGCUUUAGGAAAGAUUGAAAUAUAUAGACAAAAUAAUGAACCAAUUCCACUAUGGUGGGCUUUAGAUGAGGAUGGUCAACAAACAACUGAUCCAGAGGUUGCUAUGAAAAACCGAAAACUUAUGCCACUAGGAGGUGAAAUGAAUUACAAAGGAACAGCUCUAGCACUUUUGGUUGAAUGUUUCAGUGGAUUACUUGCAGAUUCUUCUUAUGGACACAAUGUUCGAAUGUGGGGCCAACAAACAACUGCACCAGCAAAUUUAGGACAUGGAUUCAUUGCAAUAGAUCCAAAGAAGUUUCCGUCUGGAUUUCAACACCGACUAAGUGAUUUAUUGAAUCAUAUUCGAAAUAUGGAACAGGCUGAUCCUGAAGUGCCCAUAUUAGUACCUGGAGAUAUCGAACGUGCUGAGAAAAAUAAAAUAGACCAACAAGGAGGAAUUAUUUAUAAAGCCAAACAAUUAGAUAUCUUAGAAAGACUAUCAAGUGAGUUGAAUAUAAAACCAAUUCAAUUUAUUUAAUAAUACAGUUACUAAAAUUGCACUCCAAUGUAAAUUACAGUAACAUAAUGGCUAAAUAAUAAACAUUUCAUUCAU